AUGGCUCUUUCUUCUGGAAUCUUCUCUGCCUUUCUCUGCGUCGAAACGGCGCCGUUUCGGAGCUCGCCGUCUCUCCGUCUUUCUCCUCGUCCGGCUAACCUGCGGAUGCUCCGAGCGGUGACGUCAGCUACGGCGGCGUCCUCUGAGCCUACAACCACCAAGCCUCGGGAGCCACGUGGCAUCAUGAAGCCUCGACCAGUGUCCCCUGAGAUGCAGGAUGUUGUCGGCGAAUCAGUGAUUCCUCGGACACAAGCUCUCAAGCGCAUUUGGGCAUACAUCAAAGAACACGACCUUCAAGAUCCACAAAACAAGAAGGUUAUAAUCUGCGACGAGAAGCUGAAGAAGAUAUUUGAUGGCAAAGACCGUGUCGGAUUUUUGGAGAUUGCGAAACUCAUCGGUCCUCAUUUUCUCUGA